AUGGAAUCGCUUCAAGGCUUUACGCUAGCACUUGGAAUAUUGACCACAGCACAGGACGAACGGGGAUUUGGGGAUGACACACAUGAGGGUACAACGCGUAUGUCAGUUGAACAGAUUUAUAUUUCUAUAAUUUUGCUCAACUUUAUGUCCUCUACGACUACAUUGUUGAUUUCACCUUUUUUGCACUGUAAAAGCUUGAUUUUACUGUGCAUACCCAAUUUCUUCAUGUGCCAGGUAUUGUAA